AUGGGCGUCCCUAAAUUCUACCGAUGGCUGAGCGAGCGGUACCCGAUGCUGAAUCAGCAAGUCAACGCGGCCGGUGUGCCGGACAUUGAUAAUUUGGUACGUGUUCUCUUCGUCAUCGUUUCUCUUAUCGAUGAUGUUGUUGGUUUUAUCUACUAA